AUGGGUUUGGUGGGUUGUCCUAAGGUGGUGGACUGGAUGAGGAUAUGGUGCCAAGAUGUUAAGAUUAUUUUACCUUGUACUAAAUUUGAAACCAACACAUUCAAAUCACAUAAAGACACACGGAGGGGAUCAGAAAGAACUACCCAAUUCUACAAAACAGAGGAGUAUCGGAAUCUAGAGAAAAUGGUAUUGACCGGAAAAAUCAAGAAGAAAAAUGACGGCGGCGGCGUCGGUGGUGGUGGUGGUGGUGGUGAGGGAUGGGGAAUGGAUAUAUUCCUGGUUUUCUUCCCUGAAGAACAUCAACAAGAUUUAAGCUCCUCCACACCUUCAUCGUCAUUAUCACCAUUCAGAUUUCCCACAGUUAACACCCUUUUCAAACGCAUGAAUUCCAGUCAAAUUCUCAGAAGAGCUCAAUCCACCAUCUCCAUUUGUGCUCUGCUCAUCUUCUUGAUGCUCCUCCUCUUCACUCUCUCAACUUUCGAACCCAACAACAACUUCAUAUCAUCUCGUCUUCCCAACUCUCACACUACACUCCGAUCAAAUUCGCGUGCAUUACAAGGAUUGGGCACUCUGUAUACACGCGGAACAAUCGCCAUGAACAACCUCCUACUCUGCCACGUUACAGAGUCUGUGACAACGAAAGAUCUUAAAUUGUUCUUGAGAGCAUUUCACAGGUCUGGUUUAGCUUCAAAUUCCGACCUUGUAUUUAUAUUCCCAUCGAUUUCAACACCACAGUCUUUUGACAAUGUGAUUCUGGAAGAGAACGACUUCUUCCUGAAAAUCAUCGGAAGGUACAAAGCAGAAAUGUGCAAAGGAAGUAAAGUUUUGGAUUUUCCGGCGAGCUUCGACCUGACUCAGUUCGUGAAAUCCGGCAAGAAGGUAAGGGAGAAAGGAGAGCCAAUCUGGGGUGGAAAAGUGAAGACGAAUAAUUCAAGUUUACAUGAUUGUGGUGAAACUGAUCAUAUCGAGUCAACUCGGAUAAGUUAUGGAUCGGUUGUAGGCUUUGGUGUCGGCGAGCUUGAUCCGGAAAACUCGUUAUCCGGGUUCGUAGACCACGUUCCGAUGAGUCUCCGAAGAUGGGCGUCUUAUCCAAUGAUAUUGGGGCGGGUUCGCCGGAGUUAUAAGCACGUGAUGCUGGUUGACGUAAAGAAAGCUUUACUACUCGGAGACCCGCUCAGCCGAGUCAAAAAUCAGAGUCCCGAGUCAGUCUUCUUGCAAUCAACACCGCCACCAUUACCACCUCUUUCAGCCAGACACCGCCCUAAGAACUCAGAGAAUACCCAUCAAAAAACAAAUACAAUCAACACCGCCGUCAUAAUGGGUGGAGUUCGUGGAGUCCGACGGUUGUCCGCCGCAAUGCUGACGGAGAUUGUCAGAGCUACCACAAACAAGCCACACAAUAAAAGAAAGAACUCAGUCACCGAGUCAGGUAUGCUCAGUCGUCUCGCCAUGAACGAGUUUAUCCUCAAGACAAUUCGUCUGGUGACGUCAUCCGAGUCAAUACGGGAAGCUAGAUUCCACUGUCUACACGGAUUGUUGACUAUUUUGGUGAAUAGAGACUAUAUGAAAAGCAAAACAUUAACGUCCUCUUGCAUUGAUUGGCUGGUUGCUCGUUGGUGCAUGCUUUGUUACGCCUCCUGUAAAUCACUAAAUUGUAAUACUCCUCCAUUUUCACAAAUUUGA